CUUGCUAUUCAUGUCACCAGGGACUUCUGCCUCGGCUAAAUCGUUCAUCGCAUUUUUACCUAACAAGUAGGACGGUCACGAGUUGGACCCUAUUUUGUCUCGCGUUUGCGGCCACGAUGACGAAUCGUCUGCACAUACCCGAUGCCUAUUCAAGGCCUGUCCCAACCCAACGUUGAACAAAGACGCGCGUGAUCGAUAGAUUGCUUUCUUUAUUUAUCUCCCACUUAGCCCAGGACAGCUUUGAAUUCAGUUUGAGAGCCAUGGGUCGCCCAGUGCGUUUAGCUGCCGUUGCUGGCUGGCAUGGAGAUCGGAAGGAAGCCAUGUUGGCCCAAGCCAAAGCCGACCCUCCCGCUGAUGUUCUUGUUGGCGAUUGGCUUGCCGAAUUGACCAUCGGUUGGGCGGCGAGGGAGCGAUAUGUUGACCGCCAGAAGGACCCGAAUCACAGCGCGGAUGGAUAUUACAUGAAAACCAUUGUGGAACUCUUCGACCGAGCUGUCGACACCAUAGUAGAGCGCAAACAAAAGCUCAUUACUAAUGGAGGCGGCUUAAGUCCAGAAGGCUGUGCGAAAGCCCUGGAGCAAGUGCUGCAGAAGCAUGGCCACAAACUGAAGAUCGCAUAUAUCUGCGGUGACGACAUCUUGGACAGAUUCGAAGAAUUGAAUCAAUCUGCACCAAUGAAGCAUUUCGACAAUGGCAAAGAACUACGUGAUCUGCACAAGGGUACCUGGAUUGGAGCUAAUGCGUACAUUGGAGCUUGGGGCGUUGUCGAGGCUCUGAGAGGUGGGGCCGACAUCGUCGUCACGGGUAGGACCACUGACGCAUCGGCCAUUGUCGCUGCAGCUGCGUGGUGGCAUGGAUGGAACGAGGAGCAGUACGACCGUCUGGCACAAGCUGUGGUCUGUGGGCACAUUAUGGAAUGUUCCAUGUACGCUACGGGUGGAAAUUUCUCUGGAUACAAGGCCCUCUUCGACAAACCACAUGACACUGCAUUUCCGAUCGCCGAGAUUGAGGCUGAUGGCUCAUUCAUAAUCACCAAGUCCCCUCACAUGAAUGGUCUGGUGAGUCGUCAGACGAUCACUGCGCAGAUCUUGUACGAGAUACAAGGCAACAUCUACCUCAAUCCUGAUGUUCAAGUCGACCUUCACCGGGUGACCGUCGAGGAUGCGGGACCCGAUCGUGUGCGGGUGACGGGGGCGAAAGGCUUUGAAGCUCCCAGCACCGCCAAAUGUGCGGUUUUUGCCGUUGGCGGGUACCAGGCGGAGGCCUUUGCCUUUGCGACCGGGUUGGAAACCACGAUCAAAUUCAAAAUGUUUGAGAAGCUGUGUCGCUACUGGUUAAGCACACAGCCGCAAUAUAAGUUUACAACCUUGACAUUCCAGCACGUUGGAGUUGCGGCGGUGGAUCCCAAAAACGAGCUCGAGGCCACUCAGACGCUACGUAUUUUUGCACAGGCCGACCGAGCAGAAGAUUUCCCUCCAAACGGCUUACAAGCAAUGGUCGAAGGCCUGAGUAUGGGCACAUUUCCCGGCUUUCACCGUGCCCUUGAUAUGAGAAACACGCUGCCCAAGCUGUAUAUGGACUUCUGGCCGUCGCUCAUCCCCGAGUCCGAAUUGAAACUGUCCCUUUCGUACCUCCACGGAGAUACGGCACCUCUUUCCAACCAUAAACACACCAUCCCUGCCAUGAAGUCAGAUUCAUAUGACCCAAAAUCUUCUUAUGACGAAGACAAAUGGGGUCCAACAGUACGCGAACCGCUGGGAAGCAUUGUUAUGGGUCGCUCUGGAGACAAGGGAGGCAAUGCGAACAUUGGUCUUUAUGUCCGGCACGCAGACGAGUAUCAGUGGUUGAGGACGUUCCUCGACACGAAGCGUUUCGAAUAUCUCCUGUGUGACGAGCUGAAGCACAUCACGAAAUUGGAAAGGGUGGAAUUCGAGGGCCUCCUCGCCGUUCAUUUCCUCUGUCGCGGUCUGCUGGGCGAAGGUGUCUCCAACACCUCUCGUCUUGACGGCCUGGCAAAAUCCAUGAUUGAAUUCGUUCGAGCUCGUGUGGUUGAUUUGCCAAUUCAAUUUGUCAACAGAGGGCGGAUAUAGGCCAUAUGGCCACUAGCUAACGUACUACACACGGGAGACCGCCAAGUACUGUCUUAGACUAGGCGAGACACAAGCCCGGCCCUGCCGAAUCAAGUAUAUCUCGCUACAAGAUUGACUACAAUAUGCCUUUUCUUCUGUGUCAACCACCAUUCGCUAACAAUCGAAGCUACUGUUUCCCAGUCGUCGGCACCUUCCAUGUCUAUCUCUACCUCGAGACCUUUUCGAUCCUGAGAGUCCAAGAUUGUUGCGCGGCAUUCGGCCUGUAAUGCCGUUUGCCCUCUCUUGGCAGCAAAAUUACUCGCUGCUGUGGCGGUUUUAUGCAAUAUGUCGGUAAAUCUGAACCGCGUUGACGCCGAAAACAUUGUCGCGCUCUGAAGGACUCUCACUUCCUUAUAAAAGGCCAUGUAUUUGAUUAAAGCACG